AUGGCCCUGCGCUUCGCCGGCAAGCACGCCGCCGUCGUCGGCGCCACCGGCGUCAUUGGCUCCCACAUCGCCGCCGCCUUUGCGCGUCACGGCGCCUCCGUCACGCUCCUCGGCCGAAGCGCCCUCACCCAGCGCGCCCGCCUGGAAGCCCAACUCGCCGCGCCCGCGCCCGCAGAUUCCACCACCACCGCCUCAUCCUCAUCGUCGCCGCCGCCCCGCGCGCAUCACUUCAUCAAGCUCGACGUCUCAGACGCGGUCAGCAUCAAGGCCGUCUUUGCGGGACGCGCAGAGCAGUCGGCGGCGACGGCGGCGACGGCGGCGGCGGUGGUGGGACCGGUUGACGUGCUGGUCAACUGCGCGGGCAUAUCGCAGACGACGGUCUUGAAGCGCACGCCCGAUGAGGAGCUCGCGAGGAUUAUGGAUACGAAUUUGCUCGCGACGAUGCUGGUCUGCUGCAUCGUCAAUGUCUCCAGCCUCAUGGCCACACACGGCGGCUUUGGCGCCAGCGCGUACGCUGCUUCCAAAGCUGGUCUCAUCGAUCUCAAACCAGAACUCCAACAAGCAUUUCUAAAAGACACUCCGCUCGGCAGGGUCGCGGAUCCGGACGAGGUGGCCGAUGCGGCCGUUUUUCUCGCCUCCAACCAGUUCGCGAAUAACUGCAUCUUGAACCUCGAUGGCGGUCUGAGCGCUGCAUGA